CUCAACACACAGUUCCAACACCAUCAACAGCAAUGGCUUCUCUUCUCACUCUCUUCCUUUCCCUCUCCCUCUCCCUCUCCGUCCUCCUCUUCGCAACAGCUCUGGCUUCCGAUAUUUCGAUCGUGUCCUACGACGAUAACCACUUGAGGUCUCUGCACGCGGCGUGGAUGGCCAAGCAUGGCAAAACCUACAACGCUCUCGGGGAGAGCGAGAGGCGGUUCGAGAUCUUCAAGGACAACUUGCGCUACAUCGAUGAGAAGAACGCGCUGCCCAACCGGAGCUACAAGCUCGGCCCCAACCGGUUCGCCGAUCUCACCAACGACGAGUACCGGAAGGCUCAUCUCGGAACCAAACCUGACCCCAGCCGCCGCCUCUCCAGUGUGAAGAGCGAUCGCUAUGCGCCGAAGCUCGGCGACAGCUUGCCGGACUCGAUUGACUGGAGAGAGAAAGGCGCCGUCGUGGAUGUCAAAGACCAAGGCAGCUGCGGGAGUUGCUGGGCUUUCUCCACGAUUGCUGCUGUGGAAGGAGUAAACGCCAUUGUAACUGGUGAUUUGAUUUCACUUUCGGAGCAAGAACUGGUUGAUUGCGAUACCUCUUACAAUCAAGGCUGCAAUGGUGGAUUGAUGGACUAUGCAUUCCAGUUCAUCAUCAAGAAUGGCGGUAUUGACUCCGAGAAGGACUACCCCUACACCGGCAGGGACGGGAGAUGCGAUCAGUACAGGAAAAACUCCAAGGUUGUGUCGAUCGACAGCUACGAAGAUGUUCCGGUAAACAACGAGGCUGCGCUGCAGAAGGCUGUGGUCAGCCAACCAAUCGCCGUUGCCAUCGAAGCCGGAGGGAGGGACUUCCAGCUUUAUGAGUCUGGUAUCUUCACAGGGUCAUGUGGCUUGGCCUUGGACCACGGCGUGAACGUGGUCGGGUACGGAAGCGAGAACGGGAUGGACUACUGGAUCGUGAGGAACUCGUGGGGCGGCGCGUGGGGGGAGAAAGGGUACCUGAGAAUGCAGAGGAAUGUGGCGGCGAAAGAAGGCCUGUGCGGGAUUGCAGUGGAGCCAUCUUACCCUAUCAAGAAGGGUCCGAACCCGGGCCCCACCCCGCCAUCCCCACCUUCCCCGGUAGCGCCCCCCAGCGUCUGCAGCAAGUACUACGCUUGCCCCGCCAGCGAGACCUGCUGCUGCAUCUUUCAGUUCGUGGGGAUGUGCCUCGAGUGGGGCUGCUGCCCCCUCGAGGGCGCCUCGUGCUGCAAGGACCACAGCAGCUGCUGCCCACACGAUUACCCCGUGUGCAACACCCGCGCCGGCACCUGCUCCAUUAGCGCCAACAGCCCGCUCGGGGUUAAGCCGAUGCAGCGGAUGCGUGCUAAGCCGAUCGCAAGUUAUGCUAGGGAUGCCACCGCCGCAGUUAGCAGCUUCUGAAGGAGUUCGGACCGACGGCGAGGGAGAAGGUGUGAUGGCAAUGUCGUCGGCGACAGUGGAUUUGCUGCAAGGUUAAAGCAGGGUCGUAUUUUUUAUGUAUGAUUCUGGAUAUUUAUGGCUUGGCUUCUCAAUUUGGACCCUACAAACUCAUUUAUCUUUACUUCCAUCACACUAUGUAUAUGUGUAUGUGUAUGCUAAUCAAUAGAACUUUCAUUCAGAAGGGAGUUUUCAAUUUACAAUUGAUCUGAAUGGCCAUUUGAAAAUUCAAUGCGAAUCUAUGUUACUCCCUCA